AUCCCCUUUAGAAUGCUUUCUGAAGGUGGAUCAGAAAAAACAAUGGCAGAGCGACCACAGACAUUAAGCACGUACUCGCGUACGAAGGGGAAGCGGAAGAUCGUCCCUGACGUUGGUUUGCUGGACGACGAUGAGAGCAGUGAUUCGUAUUUACGAGCCAGUACGGACGAUGUUGAAACUCCAGACGACCUUGACAUUCCUGAUGACAUAGAUGAGAACGCUCUUGGUGAACUCGAGUGGGAAAACGACACGCCCGUGCGGACGCCGGACGACUGUGAGCCGAUCGAGGAAUACUCUGAGGAGGAGGAGAGGAACGACGCCCGGCACUGGAAGACGGUCCGACUCGGCGACCGCCAGUUCCGCAUCGACCUCAAAGUGAUAGAACCGUACAAGAAGGUCCUGUCUCACGGGGGUUACUAUGGUGAUGGGCUGAAUGCGAUUAUUUUGUUUUCUGGUUGUUACUUGCCCGACCGCAGAAGAAAAGAUUACCAUUAUGUAAUGGACAACCUCUUCUACUACGUUGUGCACACUCUUGAACAGCUGGUGGCGGAGGACUACAUGAUCAUUUACUUCCAUGGUGCCACGCCCAAGAAACAGAUGCCUAGUUUCAGCUGGAUGAAGAAAUGUUACCAGAUGAUAGACAGAAGACUAAGGAAGAACCUCAAAGCCUUGUUACUAGUUCAUCCUACAAUCUGGCUGAAGACCAUCGUGAUGAUGACGAGACCGUUUAUCAGCUCCAAGUUUAGUGCCAAACUGAGAUUCGUGCGGACGUUGGACGACCUGGCCCGGCUGGUUCCCAUGGAGUAUGUGUACGUGCCCGAUCAAGUGCAGGCUUAUGAUGAUCACCUCAUGAACCGACCCAACCCUUCCAAACCUCCAUCCUCCCCCUAGCUCCUGCUGCCACCACCACCCAGGACCUUCCUGACAGUGUAGAAGCACAUAUUCUGCAGAAUCCGAACAUGCUGGAUGAACAUGAAGAAGAAGAAAAGAGAUCAACAGAAUAAGAAAUGUUCAUCGAGUCAGCAUAGUUUUGUCUUGACGUUCUCACAUUAUCUAUUAAGAACGUUCAGGUGUACAGUGGCAGAAUGAUGAAUUGUUAGUCCAGUCUUAAUUGCUCCCAAUACCAGCGAAAACAGUGUGGUGUUGUUUCAUUGGUUAUUCAUAUCACUCAACACAGUAUUGUUUUAUUUUCAGUGGUUAGUGAUGUCGAUGAAAACAGCAUGGUGUCUUUUCAUUGGUUAGUGAUAUUAAUGAAAACAGUAUGGUGUCUUUUCAUUGGUUAGUGAUAGCAUCAAAACAGUAUGGUGUCUUUUCAUUGGUUAGCGACAUCAAUGAAAACAGUAUUGUGUUAUUUCAUUGGUUUCUGCACAUGGUGUCACUUACAUACACUAUUGGUGCAUACAGUAUUUUGUUAUUUCAUUGGUUACUUAUAUUGAAUGCUAAUUAUGUAACAUCGUCUGAUUGGUUACCAGCUGCUGUAUGGCCUCAUCUUAUUGGUUAUGAUAUCCAAUAUCAAUAAUACUGUAAUAUCUUAUUGGUUGCCAACAUCCUAAAACAAUCCCAAUAUAGUAUGAUUCCAUUGGUUGUUCAUACCUUGUGCCAAUAGUAUGCUGUCAUCUCAUUGGCUGUUAGGUUCAAAAGCCAGUAUUUAAAAUUGUUUUGUGAAUACACACUUUAGUACAUGUUUGUUUGGUAUCUGCAUUGCAUAAAAUGUAUUUGCAAUAAAAAUAAAGUGUGCAUAAAGUUUGCAAAUUAAGGGUAGGUGCUAACACCACCAAUUGUAUGCACAUGCAUUUUGUUGUUUUUUGCCCCCUGGUUUAAAGUAUUUGAAACUUAGCUGAAUAAUUGCCAGUAUCAAAGCUGGAUUUUUAAAGUUAAAAAUGUUUUGAAAAAGGUAUGAAAACCCCCCUGAUAAAUGUAUACGACAGCCUUUGAAAUUUCAAGCCUUGAACUCUUAAUAAACUGAUAUAUUAUUAAACAUCCUAACAAAACCUCAUAUUUCCUUAUUUAUCUUUUAAUAUUCUGGAAAAUACUAUAAUGUCUUCUCAUUCAUUUUUUAUUCUAUUUUUUUUAUUCUCCUCACUGCCCUCUUUCCUUUUACUUCUUUGAAUUCCAUCUUAUUUCUCCCAAUCUGGCGACUCCUCCCAUAUUUUAACUUCUUUUGCUGUCCACCUCCACAUUCCAGUCCUUGUUAUGAUAGGUACUUGUCUGUUGUGGUUAUCCGUGCCACAAAUAUGUCAUACCCUAUCAGCUUUUAGCUGCGGGCUUAGUCUGACCACUUCAGAGAGUGUUCAGUAGUUACUUCUGGCAUUGUUAAGAGGCACUUGUAACUACCUACUAUGCUCCCCUACUACCGGCGGUCGUUAGUUAAGUUAGUGCCGUGGGUCAGACCAGCUUUAGCGGCAGAAGACGAGGAUGCCAGGUGGGUGCAUUAAUUGAGGGGGGGGGGGGGGGUGGAGGAUGUUUUGCAGGGAGACUGCCUCUGGUUUAAAUUUCUACUAUGGUGUUUGUUUUUAUCUUUCAUGGUAUCUUUCACAGUUUAACCUUGGUACAUGUACAUACAUUAUGUUAAAGAAGAAAAAUAAAUACCACAUUGUUAUUUGUAUUUAAAAUAUGAACAGUUUAAUUAUAUUGCAGCAUAAUUUAAGCAUUUUGUGUAUAUUACAAUAAAAUACAAGAAGUAGCUCUCUAAUAAUAUUGAAAUUGGAUUAUAUUUUAUAGAGUAUUUUUCAUUUGUUUCGGUUUGUUAUCGUAUGUUUAUGUUAAUACUUGAAACACAGUUAGCAUUAUUCUAAGCAUAAUUACAGUUGUACUUGUGAUUGAAUCAUAAAAUAUUGUUAAUUUUUCAAAGAACAUGAAAUAAACAAUCCUAUUUAA